UUGCAGCGAGCGCCCGCGCGAAUCGUUACGCGGACACACCGUACUUGAACGCUUUCGCGACGCAAAACGUACCGGAAACUGUUCGACGGGAUUUUAAACUGAAAACGGACAUUCGAUAUUUGAAAUUGUGAAUAAGAAACCGCGUACGGAUAUCGCAGUGUUGCAAUUAUAAUAGACAUGUCAAUGAACAUGCUUCUAAUAAAUUUACAAAUGGACAAUCGAAUCGAUAUUUGAAAUUUUAAUCAUUAAAAUUGUUUUAAUUUGUUUGUGUAAAUUAAAGACUGUAAUCAAUCCUUUUAAUAUUGACAUUUUGUUACACAACUAGUGUUACUAAUGGUGCUAAAAGUGACAUUUAGUGUGAUAUAAAAAGUGUCAUAAACAAUCAUCCGAACACUUCGCUAUGGACAAUAACUUAGACAAAUUUGCAUAAACAAACUAAGAAUAAAGUAGCCAUUUUAAAUUCCAACAAAUUAUCGAUGCAUAAAUAAGCUCAAAAUAUAGAUAAAAAAGAAAUGACGUUAUAAAUUUUUUAAUCGCGAUUGCUGCGUAAUAGUGCGAUGCAAUCGAGCAGAUGAAAUGAAGACUUCGCUCGAAUGUGAUCGGGCCGAAGCCGCGGACAGCGGCGGAAAAGGAAGGAUAUCUUUUAGUGUUGACUCUCUACUGGGCAGUAGAACAGAAGCACCUAAAGAAACCGUAGACACGAGUAGCGUAGACGCUGAAAGUGCGGUGGACAGUGACGACAGUGACGUCGAUAUCGAAGAUGUCGAAUCCAAUGCUGGCGAUGAAAGAGACGAAAGGGAGAGUAAUAAUGAUGGAGAGGAAAUGGAAAGCAGGACAGGGGUUGUUGUCCCGCAGCCGCUGUUGCCGCGACUUUACCAAGGCCCGGCGCCGCCGGCGUGGCCCUUCGGUGCGUUCCCCUGGAUGGCACCGAACCCAAUGUUCAGAGCUGGAUCCCCAAACACGGGUGCCCCAAGUGGUCCUCCAGUGGUGCGUUGUCAACUACGAAAGCACAAGCCUAAUCGUAAACCGCGCACACCGUUCACCACACAGCAGCUGCUGGCAUUGGAAAAGAAAUUCCGAGACAAACAGUACUUAAGCAUCGCUGAACGAGCUGAGUUCUCCUCAUCGUUGAGACUAACGGAGACACAGGUAAAAAUUUGGUUCCAAAAUAGAAGGGCCAAAGCGAAACGUUUGCAAGAGGCUGAAAUAGAAAAGCUCAGAUUAUCUGCUAGACCGCUACUCCCACCAUCUUUCGCUCUCUUCGGUGGUGGGGGUGCGCCGCCGCUGUUCGCAGCAAUGGCCGCCGCAAGCAGACCUCAGUUGAGCUUCCUCGGCGGCCCUCCGUCACAUCAGCACGCCAUCAACAUGAACAUACUAAAUUCAUUACAACCUCAUUGACAUCAACAAAGCGCGGGUACGCGUCAUUUCACACAUCCGCCAUCUUAGAUGUAAUGUCAAAAUUGUCAUAAAGUAAUUAUCACACAGAUCAGAUAAGUCAGAAUGUAUAAUAAUUAAAGUGUUUUGUGAUUGUAACAUCAAUAGAACGAGUAAAUAUCGUUUUUUAGUAGUAUGUAAUAUUAAAAAUAGAGUAGAAAAUUGGUACUAACAAUACUUCAAAUCAUUUUAAGAUAUUUUUAAUUACAAAUGGAAAUAAACUUCAUAUACUAAGAACACGUGAGUACCUUAUAGAACUUUCAGUCGACAUUUCUACUCUAUAUUUGAUGUCUAUUCGUUGUAUACAACUAUAUGUAGAGUAAAAAUAAGAGAUACUACUAUUUAAAGGUUAAUUUGUCUUUGAAAAAAAAUAACGAAACAUUUUUCCUUCAAUUCAUGUGCAAUUCUUAUAAAAAUAUUUUCCCAUGGAUGAUAUUAUAAAUUGAUUAAAAAGUUUUUGUAAAUAUUGCAAACUUAUUUUAUCCUAUAGAAAUUUAGCUGAAUUAUUGCUGUUCAAA